AUGGUGGUGAUCACGCUGCAGCUGGUGGCAGCAACAUCAGCCGGCGGCAGACAUCACCGUCGCUCCAUGCCCACACAACAGACUUUACCAGUAUCGAAAAGCGGCUGGCGACCCGUCGUCGGAUCAGGAGGCUUAGCAUACAGCGGCUCAUAUAAUACCGCCCCACUCCAACACGCUCCCUCAUACAAAGUGCCCGUAAUAGACUAUCCAUCAUCUGUACGUCCACUCGCCACAAGAGACUCCGCAAAACUGACGUCCAUAGCACAGUCUUACAGACCGACCACCCUCAGGACGGUAUCCGCAGCGGCUCCUGCACCCCCCGCGAAUCAACCCAUCAAUUCUUACCACAACCCAUUCGCAUUCAACAAUAAUUUGUCUUACAAAUUCAUACAGAGCUUUCCUGUAGAGAAUAUAGUCAUCAGAAACCCACAGAAUCCUUACGCUGCUCGUCCUGUUUACACAAAAUAUCAAAACAAAGUAAAGCAGACAGCAUCAAACAUGGCACUGCAGCAACUGACAAAUGUCCAGCCGGUGCAAUUCGGGCAAUACCAGACUGGAAAACCUAUCGUCUUCGGGAAACCAAUAGAAAGUUACGUAAGACCAACCGACAACAAGCAAACAUACUCUGGUAUUGAGACUUAUAAGCCUGAGGUGUACAAGCUUCCCGACAGUGACACUGCACCUCAAUCAGUUAGUCAGACUGUGAAGACAGCUCAACAACAAGCUCAGCAAAUACAUCGACAACAGCAGCUUCAACAACAGCAUCAUCACCAGCAACAGGCACAUCAUCCACAGCAACAACAAUAUCAUCAACAACAGCACCUCCAUCAUCAACAAACGCAGCCUCAGCAAUUUUUGAUCGAGACACCGAAGACACCUUAUUUCACGUACCAGGAUCCCGCUUUUCCACCAAGCAUUUUGGGUACGUUCGGCUCGUUUGGCCUGCAGUCCGUGAAAGGAAGAGAUCCAGUGUUCCCACAUACGAAAACCACAUAUUUACCACCGCAGCCCUCUAAACAAACAGUUUUCAAUUCAUUCAGCUUCACACCCACUUUUAAAACAACACCAGCUAUUUAUAACCCAACUACCACGCCUAAAUUCCAGACCACAGCCAAUCAACUUCAAUUCAAUUCAGCUUUGAACGACUAUAACGGUAUCAAAAAUAUACCAAUACAGCCAACAAAAGCGUCUCCGCCACCAAAGAUUGACCCUAAUGCAAACAAGGGAUCGUUCAAAGCGAGUCCUCAGGAUCCAUUCUCCAAACAUGAACUCAAACAUUACCAGAAAGAUUAUAAUCUUCCAGUUACCACUUAUAACCCAGUACAGACCACAACGUUAGCCAGCAACUACCUUGAUUACAACUACCAGACACAGCAUAGCCCACAGUUUUCAAAUUAUUACGACCAACCAGUUCAGAGUUUUAACUAUCAGAAGAAAAAACAGAAGAUUCAUGACAGCAUUACAGCGAAUAACAAUCAAGCCACUCAACAUUACGUUAGCUCACCAAUAUCCAUACCCACUUACGAAGUAACAGAAAAUACGGAAUCUGAAGAUGUUUAUACACAAGCAUCUCCCGCUGCUUGGACACAUUCGUACGACACUAAUAUUAAAACAACAGAAGAACCAGUGACUAAACAAUUAUCUCCCGACUUUGGUUUCAGCAAACAUACAACGACAACAUAUGUGCCCGAUUUACCCGAAGAAUAUGCAAUUGUGACGGAAGCCGAGAAAGGCUAUGAAAACUCUUUGAACUACGAUGGUCAAGUCGAAACUCAAAGCAGGCGGCCUCUUGGCGACGACUUCGAGCCCAUCGGCAAGCACAAACUUAAGGAUUACUAUUACAAAGUUUCUACAGCAGCGUAUGACGAUUAUAAUUCUUCAAAGCGAACGAAAAAACCUAGUGAAUCCUCUAAGCUAACGGCACAACCGGAAGUUACCACUACAAGUGUUAACAAAGAAAACACAAAUGAAACACCAGCUGAUGCUUUGCCAACGCUUCCACCUAACAAACAUUUCAAACGCCCGUCAACAUUGGAACCUCUCGACAAGGACAGAAUUCGUAAGAGAAAUAAGAACAGAAGACGCCGCCCACCUCUAGCUAACAUUAACCGAGAAGAGUCUAGUACCAGUACACGUAAGUAUGUACAUUCUUCAACAGAACAAUCACCGAGCACAGAAGCUGAAGAAGUCCAUACCAUUAGACCUAGAAUAAGACCAACUCAUUCCAAGCCACAGCCAAAUUUGACAACUCCUAGCGUUACCACAGAUUUGACAACGAGUGCGGUUCCAACCAUUUCACCAACAGCACCCACUAUAAUCAAGAAAAAGCUUAUUCGCCGUCCAUUAACCACAGUAACUGACAGAGUUGAAACAACAACUAUAUCACUAAAUGAAUAUGAUAAUAACAAAGAAUCACCGAUUAUGAAAAUUGCUACCCGUCAUCAACAUCCAAAAUAUAAUUCCAAUUACGAAACCCCAGACUAUACCCACAAGCAGGACGAGAAAGACACUCCUACUAGUGAUGUAGCGGUUAGUGCUAGUGAUAAUCUCAAAAUAACGCAGGAGGCAGCUAAAACUUUUGCAUUUCAUAAAGAUGUAAAACCCAUUGAAGCUAAAUUAGAAACUACGACCGAAAAAAGUAGAGCCAACAACGAUAACUCAGAAAUAACAAGUACAUCACGAACCGAAACAUCAUCUAGUUCUACUAGCAAAAUACAAAGACCGAGACUUAAGAACAAGUUCAACCGACCACGAUUUAGCGUUAAAGAUUACAGAAAUCGUUUAAGUUCAACCACAAGUACAACGGAAAGAUCAACGGAGUCUACAACCAAAUUAAGAUUCCCUCAGAGAAAAGUUCCUAAUAAUGACGAUGAUGCUGAAACCACAACAGAGAGGAAAAAAUUCACUCCUAAGGAUCCGAGACAUAAACAAAUAUUAUCGGAUAUAAAUGAGGAUAAUGAAAACGAUAACCAUAAUAACAGAUAUAGGCAAAGGCAGACUACAGUGGAAAAUAUCGAGAACACAACCCAGAAGAUAUCGGCAAGGAUACGCAAUGGAUUACGUAGACCUAAGCCCACUGAAGAAACAGCCGAAACUACGACCGUUCACAAUAAGAGACCACUGAGAAAAAAAAUUAAGGACUCCGAUAUAGGAGAAUCUGUUCAGGACAUAAGUGUCACAGAAACUACAGUCCACUAUGAUCACAAGAAUGACAUUACGUCUGAGAGGACGCGAUCGGAAAGUGCUAUUAUGAAAAUUGCUGAUAAAAAGCAUCAUCAAGAUCCUAUUGAACACCUAUUUGAACAUUCCAAAAGGGUAUCAGACCUUACACUAGCUGCUAGCAAGGAUUAUAACACACCGGGGAUGUUCAAAACAGUAUCUUCCAAUAGUAGGAGGAUACCAAAUUAUUUCACGAUUGCCACAGAUGACCCCAUACUGCCAAUAGAGGCGUUCUUCCCACAACUCAAUCAAAAGAAGGAAACAUAA